UCUCUCUAUAAAACGGAAGCUUUUGAUCUCCUUAUUAUAGCAGUUUCUUUUUCUUCUGUUUAUUACAACAAUCAUGGAUUCAAGAGUAGUUAUUCAAAGUCAAGUGAAUGAGAACAACGAUGAACAACACUCACAUAAAGUUGAUUCACAACAAGUGACACAUGGUGCAGAAGAAGAACAUCAUUCUUCUGACCAUGAGAAGAAGUCUGUUCUGAAUAAGGUGAAGGCAAAGGCUAGGAAAAUUAAGGAUACAAUUAAGAAGCAUGGUCAACAUGUAGUUGAUCAUGGUAAUGGGCAUAACAAUGAAAAUCAGCAUAGUCAUGAUGAUGGUGACUUGGAUGAGGAUAAUGAAAUGGUUGAAGACACAGAAGUUCAUGAAGCACCAAUUUAUGACAGUGAAGAUGUUAAAAGUGCUACUACAUCUACAGCAGCAUUUGAGCAAGUUGAAAGUUUAGGAAAUUCAGGAAAUGAUUUUAAAGGUACAAAAGUUAUGGAAGAAGAACCACAUUAUGAUCCACUGGUUGAAGGAGUUUCUUCAACUACUGAAAUCAAUCAAAACAUAGCCACUGACCAAGACAAAACAUUUGCUGUGGAAGAGAAGCCAGGGCAAUUUGAGGCCAAUUUAGAGAGGCCAAUAAUCUUGGAGAAAUAUUCUAAAGAGCAAAGAAAUAUUCCCAGUGAUCAAACCAAAGACACUGAUCCAAGUGGUGCAGGAAUUGAUGAAAUAAAAGACAUUACACCACUUGAGGAAUCUCUUGAGAGAUUGAAUGUGCAUGAUGAGCCAAAACCUACCACAGAACCAAAAAUUCAACCAUCUGUUGCUGACACUGAAUACUCUCCUGCUGCUGCUAGAAGCCAUGAUCAGUUUGUGCCACACUUCUCUAAUGCAACAAAAACUCAAACUGAAUAUCCUCAUGAACCAGCAUCCACAGAUAUAAAUAGAAAAAACCAGAAAAUUCCCUCAGGCUAUGAAGAAUCAGCAGUGGAGACACAAUCAAAACCCAAAAGUUACACAGAUGAAAUUGAAAUUGAUGAAGCUUCUAAGCUAGGUAAUGAUGAGAAAUUUGAGCAACAAAAAAGUGAGAAUGCUUCUUCUAACAUGUCAGGGUCCAUUACAGAACAAGGAAAGAACAUUGCUUAUUCUGUUACUGAGAAACUAGCUCCUGUUUAUGGAAAGGUUGCAGAGGUAGGAAGUGCAGUGAAAUCCAAAGUGUAUGGAACUGAAACAAAAAAUGAGGUUCAAGAAGAUCAUGAAAAAGGGUUUACUGUGAAGGACAAUUUGGUUGAGAAACUAAGGCCUAGUGAAGAAGAUAAGGCACUUUCUGAGGUGAUUUCAGAAGCUUUAUUACGUAAUAAAGGGAAAGAAGAGACAUUGAAAAAAGAGAAUGGAAGCUUUGAAGAGAGCAAUGUGAUUAGUCCAGGAAAAGGUGUGGUUGACAAGGUUAAGGAUGUUGUUGGCUCUUGGUUUGCAAAAUCUGGAGAGAAUCAAUCACAACAAGGAAUUAGUGAAGACUUAUCAAAGAAGAAAAAUUAUGUUGAGGAAGUGGAACAAGUUGGCCAAGUUGUGGAUGAAGGAAGAAAACAGGAGUAAUCCAAUUGAAGAACAAGUGACCUUUAUUAAAUUUCUCUACAGAUAAUAAAUUUCUGUGAAGUGAUCAUGUUAGUUGUUAUUAGAUAGUUGUUCAUGGUGCUAUAUAGGAAAGUUAUAUAUUUUGUUCAUGGUGGACUCAUGUGGAAGUUAUUAUGUUUGUGUAGGUGUGGGAAAAUUACUAUAUGAUAUUGUUGUAACUUGUUAGAGUGUGGUUUUUUUUUUGAAGCAAUUGUAAGGGUGUGAUUGUAAGAUUAAAUUAUAAAAUAUUUGUUUAUAUAUGAUUGUACUGUGACAUGGUGAA